AUGGCCGAGCCCACUCUCACCGGAACACUGGUGUCGGGGCUGAACCUCCGCAAAGGCCGCGCCAUCGACGACGACAACUGGGCGCCGUACGUGGUGGUGGCGUUGUUGGAGCGGAACGACUACGACACGCUGUUGGCGAAGCAGCAGCUCGACCCACACAGCUUCCUGUACAAUUACCAGCGCGUCUAUCCUCAGCGACGAAACACCUACCGAACAGAUCCGCCCAAAGAACAGUCGGAGACCGAAAUCAAGUGGACCGACCAGGACUUCACCUUUCCCAUUUCUACAAAGACAGAGCAGGAGAUCCUGAUCGAGCUAUGGAACGCUCGGCCUUCUGCGCCCAAGGACGAGUUGCUGGGCGAGGCACGCAUCGGGCUUCGCUCCCUCUUCGUGACCAGCGCGGACGGCGGAGAGAAAUGGCUCACCCUCAAAAAGCGGCCAGUGGGUGGGAGUGAUGGCGGCACGCCCGGCGGACAGUUCCUCUUCAACUUCAAGCUGAACGCGCCCAAGCUCACUUACGAUGUGGAUCUGGCGAUGCUGUUCCCCGGCUUCCAGUGCUCGGUGAUCAACAUCAACGACUACAUCUCCGACGAGGCGCUCGAGAAGAUGGGCUCGGACAAGAGGAAGCGCCAAAAGGUCCUCUUCGAAAUCAUCAACACCGAGAAAUCGUACGUGCGGGAUCUGUACAUGCUGAACCAACUCUUCGUCGUCAAGCUCCGCGAGAAGGAGAUCCUCACGCGCGAGGAGAUCUCCUCGAUCUUCGCCAACAUUCCCACGCUGCAGGACAUGCACCUCGAGCUCUUCAAGACUCUGGAGUCGCUGUUGGAGAAGGACCGAAGCAAGACGGAAGAGGAGAUCAUCGAACGUGGAGUCAUGAACGACGGACUUGGUGACAUCUUCCUCUCGCGGGCCAACCUCUUCAAGCACUACGCCGCCUUUUGCAGCAACCACAUCAACAUCGGGGUUAAAAUCAAGGCCCUCCAAAACCAGAAGCCCGCGUUCGCAGACUUUCUUGAGGAAUGCUUCAAACUGCCCGAGAGUCGCGGCCUCCCCAUCGAUUCGUUCCUCAUCACUCCGCUGCAGCGCAUGGUCAAAUAUCCGCUCCUGCUCGACACUUUGAUAAAGGCGACAUCGGACGAGCACCACGACUAUGCGACGAUCAAGCAGGCCCUGCUCGAGAUUAAGAGCGUCGUGGACCAGGUGAACAAGCGCACGCGGCAGGAGGCGCGGGUCAAGCGCAUGCUCGACCUCCAGAAUCAGAUCCUCCACGGCGAGACGUUCAACUUUUUGGAUCGCAAUCGGCAUGUGGUGAAGGAGGGCAUGGCGAAGGUAGCCGGCAAGGAGUCCUACCUGAUCCUCUUCAACGAUGUGCUGGCCUUCACCCGCAAGAAGAAGGAGAAGUACGACGUCAAGGCCGUCAUUCAGCUUAAGGGCAAGAAGUGGGCCUUCCUCACCGUCGUCCCCUCCUUCAAGUCCUCCGGUUCCACCAUCAGGAAAAAGGACAUGAACGACCCGGUGUUGGUGAUGAUCCCCGAGGAGGACUUUGUGGACUCGCCCGCCGGCGCCGCCGGCGGUUUCCCCACGAUCACGGUCUCGGGCUCGAUCGAGGCCAUACCGUCGCCCGGGUCGUCGGGCGACUUGACCCAGUACCUGCCACCCCCCUCCUCCCCACGCGGCAGCUUCACGCCCUCGCCCGCCUCCCACUCGCCGACGCCGUCGCCGCCCUCUACCGCCGCCGCCGCCACGCCGUCGCCCACCUCGUCGGCAUCGUCGUCUUCGUCGGCGUCCACCACCAACCCGUCGCCGCCAUCGUUCACAAAGGCGGCCAGCAGCGGCAGCUUGCCGAUGGCCUCGUCGUCCACUGCGGCCUCGCCGCCGCUCACGCCGCACGCGUCGGGCGCGCUUUCGGCCGCGCUGCCGGCUGUCUCGUCGUCUUCGUCGUCAUCAUCAUCGUCGGCGCCGUCGAUGAAGAAUCUGCCGGAGACCAACUCCAACAGCAACCAGUUUGCGGAGGGCGGCAUCUACAAGUUCUUCUUCAAGACGGUCGAGGAGCGCAACGAGUGGAUGACCAAGUUCAGGAAGGUGGCCGGGAUGACGGCCCUCGCCUCGCCCGUCAUGCCCUCGGCGACCACCACGCUCAGCCCCUCGGCCGCGGGCGAUUCCAGCCCCAAGAAAUCGCUCACGGAGAUGGUGAAGCAGAAGGACUCGCGGCGCUCACGGAUUCGUUCGGUGUCGGCGACGGUGACGCUGCCGCCGGUCGCGACGUCGACCACCUCGCCGUCGUCCACCUCGCCCCCGCCCUCGACUGCCGGCUCCCCCGCCGGCUCGCCCUCGCCGCUGGCCCGCAACGGCAGCGAAUCCGCCAGGGCCUCCGCUACUUCUCCUCGAGGGGAAACAGCGGCGACUCCUUCGCCUUCGUCGGGCGAGCGAGCGUCGAAGAUCGCUGCGGCGGCGGCUGCGGCUGCGGCAGCGGCGGCCGAGCGGGAGGCCGCCCUGCAGCAGGCGCUGAACGAGAGGAACGCUGAGAUCGCGGAGAUCAAGAAGAGGCUCGAGCACGAGGAGGCCCUGCGGAAGGAGGUGCAGCUGACCUGCCAAACGCUCCAGAAGAAGAUCGUCGACACCGAGAAGGACAAGGCCGAGAAGAUCAAAGCUGAAAAGGAGAGCUCGGAAUUCCUGAGGGCGGAGGUGGUGAAGCGGCUGCACGACAUCGAGAAGGAGCUCUCAGAGGAGAGAGAAGAGCGGAAGCGCGAGCGCGAGAGUCGCCACAAGCUCGAGGACAAGCUCGACAAGAUGUGGGACUCGCUCCUCAUGGCCAUCAAGAAGAAUGGCGGCAGCGUCGCGGCCAAGCACCAACUGAGCUGGGAUGGAGUCGACGGCGGCGAGAACGGAGACGACGGAAAGAGCGAAAACGUGGGAAAGAACGAAAACGUCGGCAAGAGCGAAAGCGGCAGCAAGUCCGAUAGCGAAAGAGACGAGUCGGCCCUUCUCUCGCCUCGCUCUCGGCGAAGGAAAGAGGAAAAGAAGAAGGAAAAGCUCCAGAAAAAGGAAAGCGACAGCCCGAGCGGCAGCGAGCGAAAGAAAGCGGCGGCCGACACGGAGAGCGAGGGGAGCGACAUGAGCGGCAGCGGCAGCGACGUCGCCACCCGGAAGUCCGGCGCCCCGACCAGCGCGCGCUCGCGGGCGUCGACCAGCAGCACGUCGGACAAGAAGGCCCAGUGGCGCAAGAGCCUGUGGUGGGGCAACAAGACAGCGUCGCCGCCUGCGUCGCCGGCGGGCGCCAAGGGCCGCGGCGCCGCCAAUGCGUCGCUCGAGAGCAUGCCCCGUCGCGACAGCGAAGCCGACAGCGAGGGCAGCGAGCGGGACGACUCGCGCGACAUUAAGCGGAAGCAGAUGGAGAAGACCUCGUCGUGGCGUUCGAAGAAGAACACAGCGAGCCUGCCGCGUACGCUGUCGCACGGGAGCAUGGACAAGCACGAGGUGCGGAAGCAGGACAUGACGAAGAAGGAGGCCAAGGCCAAGGACAAGGAGGAGAAGAAGCAGCUCAAGGAGAAGGAGAAGGAGCUGAAGAAGAGCAACGCGUCCGCCGACAAGAAGAAGGCGAGCGCCGGCAAGCAGCACGCCAACGGCAACGGCAAUGACGAGCAGCCGCGCAUGCAGCGGGCCAACUCGCUGCCUGAAAGCGAGGCCUCGGCGGCGGCGGCAGUGGCCGACGCCGACCCGCUCGCGCUGGACGACGAGCACGACGAGCAGGAGGAGUGGGAGAUCGAUUCGACGAGCGCCAAGCCAAAGAAGCAGAAGAAGACGAAGGCGAACGAGAAGAAGAGCCAGAAGACGCACAAGAAGGGCGGCGGCAGCGACAGCAGCAGCAGCGAUGAGGAGGGUGACGAAGAUGCAGAGGACAUCGGGGAUGAUCUGCUCGUGGGCUCGCCGAGGAGUAAGGGCAAGGGCGGCAACACCAAGAUGAAAAAGGCCAGCAGCAGUCGCAGCCUCUCGCGGUCGGCCGGUGCCGUGGCCACCAAGAAGGUCUCCAAGCAGGUGUAG